ACAUCUUCUUCUUCACAGCUCAGACAGUGAGUUAGACAGCAAGUGCACACACACUGCGACCAAACACCGAGGCGCGAGCCUGGAGAAACCCUCGACAUGUGACCGCUGCUGACUGUCCACAUGUACUUUCAUUUUACCUUUCUUUUUAAAUUUGAUUUCCUUCGUCAUAAAGACUCCACACAGGACUUGUAAUCAAGCGCCGCGCAGUCGUCCCGUGGAUUUGCCAGGAAUAAUUCAUCCUCGUUUCUCCUCCUGAAGGACGAGGAGCGAGUGUGUAAACAAGCAUCUCACUGACCUCCAGCAAUAACCCGCGCCGACCCUGUGCUUUUAACAACACUAUUUUUUCGCCACUGGAGAAGGAUUUCUAUCACUUUCGGAGUCAAGUCGGUUCAUCCCCAGCAGUGUGAAAAGGUCUUAGAGGCAGCCCCUUAACUAUGGGAUUUCAGAACUACUGAGGGCACUUCCACAAAAGAAGGGAAAAGGGGCCGGCAACGGGAACAAAAGGAGAGGACUGAGGUUUUGAAAAGAGGAUCAGUUCUUUCGGACUCGGCGGGGUGCAUGCUGCCCCCUCAACUGGACGUCCUCUUUAGUGCGAGCAAGAGAAAAUAAAAUCAGGCAUGCGCAAUAAACUGAGAGAGUUCCGGGAUGGGGGACGCCCCAUGCUGGGGCAGAGGGACAGGACUCUUCUGGUGCUGCUGAUCACAAUGGUGCUGACAGUAACAGAAGUGCGGGCUUCCUGGGAUCAGAACCCAAUUGAAGUUCUAGGGGACGUAAGGCAGCUGGAGGCGUCUAUGCACUCGGUGGUGCUGUCGGACCUACGCGAGGCAGAAGCGGCGGCUGCGGCAGUGUCGCAGCCCGGCGGCUUCCCAGACUCCUCGGCGGUGGUGGGCCGGGUGUUCCAAAUGCGGGUGCCCAUCAAAGCAAAGAACUCCAGGAGCACAGUAAAGAUCACAGAAGCAAGCAAGGAUGUGCUCCCAGCAUGGUUGCACUGGGAUGCAGAGAGUGGCACACUUCAAGGCCUUCCUCUAGAGACAGACAAGGGCGUUCACUACAUAUCUGUUUCUGUUUCCAAUGACAGCCAAGUCUCCCAAAGCCCAGAUGUGUUCUCCAUUGAGGUGCACCCAGAGGAGCAUGCUGAUACUGACCCUUUUCAGCUUGCAAUUCAACAGUCAGCCAGCAAUGAUGUCCAACCUUUCAUCUGUGGCAAUGAGGAGUCUGUUACUGUCCUUACCGUCAUUCUGGAUGCUGACCUCACAAAGAUGUGCCCAAAGCAGAGGGUGGAACUACUUGCUAACAUGAAGAAGUUUUCUGGCAUGGGGCUUCAGCAAAUGAAGAUUUUGCCUGUGGUCAACAACCGUUUGUUUGACAUGUCUGCUUUCAUGGCAGGACCGGGAAAUGCCAAGAAGGUGGUUGAAAACGGAGCCCUUUUGUCCUGGAAACUUGGCUGCAGUCUGGAUCAAAGCAGCAUUCCUGAUAUCAGUAGUGUUCAGGUACCAGCAAAAGAGGGAACCAUGUCCGCACAGUUGGGAUAUCCGGUCGUUGGGUGGCAUAUUGCUAACAAAAAGCCCCAUGUACCUAAAAGGGUGCGAAGGCAGCUCAACAAUACCCCCACUCCCAUUCUCUCAUUACUCCCCCCAACAACUUACCCUGAGCCCCCCAUCCGUAGCGUUCCCACACCGACUUCUCCUUCUAUUGCUCCUACCUCAGACAGUUCUGCCCCACCUGUUCGUGGUCCUGUGCCACCUCCUGUAAAACCUACCAUUCGAAACAGAGAUCCCCCUGCCUACACUCCAACCUUAGGCCCCCCUCAGCCAACACGAGUAAUAGACACCACCAGCACAAUCACCAUCCAGCCCACCAUGACCAGGCCUGUGUAUGUUGGGUUCUCUACGACCCCAGCAACACCCACCACCAGGAAAACGACAAAAAGACCUGACAAGAAACCCAAGACAACUCCGAUGCCAAGAGAACCCAAGACCACCACAACCAAGCCACCAAGGCGCACAACACCCCCUGUUAUCCUAAUUGAAGGCAAUAUAAAACCCCAACUGCAAAACCCAAUCGACCAGGUGAAUGCCUACAUUGGGACCUACUUCGAGGUGAAGGUUCCACCUGAUACAUUUUUCGACAAAGAGGAUGGAACUACCGAUAAGUUGAGACUCACCUUGCGCAAGGGCAAUGAUGUGGUUGGAGAUGAUUCCUGGAUACAGUUCAAUAGCACAAGCCAGUUGCUCUAUGGAUUACCAGACCAGGAGCAUGAAGGAAAACAUGAGUAUUUCAUGCAGGCAACCGACAAAGGAGGUCUCUAUGCAAUAGAUGCCUUUGAGGUCCGUGUCAAUCGAUGGGGAAACAAUUUUAAGUCACCGGUGUUGUUUACCGCUGUGUUCGAAGGGGAUGCACGUACAGUCACCAAUGACAUUCACAAGAAGAUCCUUCUUGUCAAGAAACUGGCCCAGUCUUUCGGUGAUCGCAACAGUAGCACCGUUACACUGAAGAACAUCAUGAAGGGCUCUAUCAUAGUUGAAUGGACCAACAACAGCCUUCAGCAAAACCCCUGCCCAAGAGAGCAAAUACAGCAGCUGAGCAGAAGAAUCUCUAAUAAUGAUGGUAAACCCUCACCACAAUUCAUGCAUGUUAUGGAACCAGAUUUCAAGGCCUUAAAUAUCACUGUCAGAGGCACAGCAAGCUGUCGCAACUACAUGUUUGUCCCGUUAGGUGAGAUCCCAGAUCCGACCACCUCUCCUGUUACUCCUGCUGUGGGUGCUGGAAGACAGAGCAAUGAUGAUGUGUAUCUUCACACUGUCAUACCGGCAGUGGUGGUUGCAGCAAUUUUGCUGAUAGCGGGAAUCAUUGCCAUGAUUUGCUAUCGCAAGAAGCGCAAGGGCAAGCUGACCAUCGAAGACCAAGCAACUUUCAUCAAGAAAGGAGUGCCCAUUAUUUUUGCGGAUGAGCUUGAUGACUCUAAGCCACCCCCAUCUUCCAGCAUGCCCCUUAUCCUUCAAGAGGAAAAGCCUCCACUUCCUCCACCAGAGUAUCCCAACAUGGGUAGUCCAGAGACAACACCUCUGAACCAGGACCUUUUGGGAGAGUACACACCUCUACACGAUGAGGAUCCUAAUGCCCCUCCCUACCAGCCACCACCACCCUUCUCUACGCCAAUGGAGGGGAAAGGAUCCCGCCCCAAGAACAUGACCCCGUACAGAUCUCCACCCCCUUACGUGCCACCCUAAUGUUUGCCGAAACCUCUGGUGCAGGAGGAUGGGGAACUUUUGUAGUUCCACACCAGUGUGUUGUUUCUUUGCAUUAUGGGAUUUUUAGAAGGGGGAUGCUGCAAAUUGGGGUUUGAAUGUGAUGGGAUGAUUUUGUUAAACUGGACUCUUAAGGAGAUGUGGGAGGGUGGGGCAAGUGGAUAGUCUGCAAAGGACAGCAAAAACAACCUCAGCCUCUGACUACUCUGGUUAUUGCUAAACUGUUGGGAUGUACCCUCCAGUCCUGGCACUUUUGUGUCUAGAUGGGCUUUUUUGACUAAUUAUUGGUCUUGUUUUGAUUUUAAUUUUCUUUGUUUUUUGUUUCACGUUUUUCUGACUUAGAAUCAAAACUCCUUGCCUAACAGCACUCUUUCUAUCUUCUAAAUUCGUUAAUCUUGAAUAAUAUAAGUGGACAGUAAAGCUGACUGCAGGUGCAAAAGGUUUCAUAGAGAAAUUCAAUAACAGAAGGGGAAUAAAAGAAUGGCCUUGAGGGACUUGGAUAGCCAUGCAGACAGUUCCGUGGGAUGUCGAUUCAUUAUGGUUUUGCCUUUUAACACACAAUUAAAAUGUUUUUAUUGUUCUUCACAUGUCUAGUUAAAUCACUACAAGAAGAGGUAGCCAAAAUGAAAGAUUUGUUUAAUCCACUGUAUAUUUGAAAGUUGUAAUGCUCGAUCAUCUUUAAGUUUUAUUAUAGAUUUUAUUAUUAUUUUUUUUUUUUAUUUUU